GAAUAUAAUGAAGAAUUAACAUUACGUGAUUUGCCAGACGGUAAAUUGUUGGCUCACUUUGAAUUUACCACUAAAGUGAAAGCCAACACAUACCCAAAUGCACCUUUGUUGGAUUAUGGUUUAUACCCAAAGGCUAUUGGAGAAAUUCUUCAGUCGUAUAAUGUGCGUGAAAUGCAUCUUACGUUUACACAAGGACGUUGGAAUUAUGAAGAAUGGGGAUAUCCGCCAACCUUAUCAGCUGGUACUGGUGUAGAAUUAUGGGCCUGGAUGAAA